UUUACUUUAAAAAUGAUACCACAGCUGUCACACUGAAGAGGCAGAAGGAUUAUUAUUUUACUGACGAUACAACAGUUUAUUUGCCUAUAAAAAACAGGGAAGUUCAAUAUAUUGUGUAUGUUUGUUUCUUGGAAAUAUCACCCAGUUCAACAAUGUAAGUACAUUUUCACCUUUGUACUGGCUUGAGGAGAUCUAAACAUAAAGUAGUGACAACUGUUUAUGUAAAACUAUAUCUCAUGUCUUAAUCGUCUGUUUUUACAGUUUUAAAGCAGCAAUUAUGUUGACAUCUUUCAGAAAGUCGGUUUGUCUUAUGUUAGUGAUGAUCAUUAAAGCAGGGGUUUAUUGCCAGGAGCCUGUGGAAAUAAACUACAGUCCUCCAUAUAUGUGUGCAUUAAAAGGCUCUGAUGUGAUGUUGUCCUGUUCCCUUCCUAAGAACAGUGAAGAGAAUGAAACAAUGUGGAGCAAAGUUUCACGGGAAACAUCUCACUUGUGUUCAGAUCCAGAAAAAAGAGGAGGAAUUCAGUGUUACAGUAAAGGCAGACAUUACAGCAUCACUUUGAAUAAUAUAAGGGAAGCUGAUGAAAACAUCUACUACUGCAGACAAAAGAGGUCAGAAACAUGGAAUCUGGGAGUUCAGCUGGAUGUUACAGACCUGCAGGUGGAGACAAAACAUUGUGUGAAAGAGGGAGAUUCAGUCACUCUGAGCUGCAAAAGCAGCUGCUCUCUGCCUGAAGAAACUACAUUCAUCUGGUACAGAAACACAAAGAGAUUAACUGGAGAAACCCUGAAUAAUCAGCUUCACCUGCAGUCAGUCAGAAGCUCCGAUGCUGGAGACUACAUAUGUGCUGUCAGAGGAGAAGAACAUCUGAUCUCUCCAACAGCUUAUCUUAAUGUAGAAUAUCCUCCAAAGAGCGUCUCAGUGUUCGUCAGUGGAUCUGCUGUAACAGUGUCUGGAGAUUCAGUGACUCUGAGCUGCAGCAGCGACUCAAACCCUCCUGCUGAAAUCAGGUGGUUAAAAGGAGAAACAUCUGUAGGAUCUGGAAGAGUCUUCAGCAUCUCAAACAUCAGCUCUGAUCACAGCGGAGAAUACAAGUGUAGAGCCAGAAACAGACAUGGAAUGAAAUACUCUGAAGCAGUGAUGCUGAAUGUCAAUCAUCCACCCAGUAACAUCUCAGCAUCUCAUCCCAACAUUAAAUCUGGUGUAAUGGUACAGAUUCUGAUCACAGUGGGAAUCACUACUGUUUCCAUUUCUGUGGCGUUGAUGGUUUUCAUCGUGCUCUUCAUACGACAUCAUAAAAAGGUGGAGUCUCCUGAAGACCCCUACAUGACCCUUGACCCCAAGUCCAGAUGCUCUGAAUACGACACACUGGAUAUUAUGAAGAGAUCCUGUGAAAACACGAAGAGCUCUGAAGGACAAGACCCAGAUUAUUAUAAUACCAUUUAUAUCAAAAACUGAAUUCGCAUCAGUGUGUUUCAUGACUUCUUUCCUCUCGCUGACUUACAAUUGAACUACUUGAUGUUUGUUUUUGCUUUGCGUGUGGAGUCUAAAUGAUGCCAGAAAGCUUGAUUAACUCAUCGUUAUUUGUGUAAUUGAUUCCUAUUUCUCUUUAAAGUUCAAUUCAGCUCAAGUUUAUUUGUACGGCGCUUUUUAUAAUGAUUAUUGUUUCAAUGCAGCUUUACAAAAGGUGCACUUUACUGCAUUACAAUCAAAUUAAGUUACAGUUACAAUCAAAUAUAAGUUAUUAUACAGUAUACAGACCUUCAGUGGUUAACCUGCAAGCUUAUAGCAUAUAGGUAUAGGGCCAGAAGGAAUCUGUGGACAUUUUUUGCUAUUUCUUUGCAGAAUUGUGUUAAAAUCUGCGGAUUUAGGCGGAAUUAUUU